GCGCGGCAGCGGCGCUUUCCGCCUCUCGCCCGGCGUGCGGCGCGAUGGCGGAGGAGUGGCUGGGCCAGGAGGCGGCGGGGAGCGGCAGCGAGAGCGAGGAUGAGGGGCAGGAGGACGGUGAACGGCGGCACCGGCAGCUCCUGGAGGCCGUCAGCUCCCUCUCCGGACGGAAGCGGCGGAAGCUGGAGCGCACGGAGGCGAGUGCCCAGGUGUCCGAGUUCAACGUCAGCUCCAAAGGUGCUGGGGAGAAGCUGGUCCUGUCCGAGCUCCUGCAGCCCCUCUGUCCCAAAUCCGCCCUGCGCAGCGUCAGGAAGGAGCUGAGCAGGGUGAAGCAGAAGAAGCCGGUGGAGCUGCCGCUCAGCAAGGAGGAGGCAAAGCGGGUGGUCAGGGAAGCAGCCUACGCCCGCACCUCGCAGGAGGUGGGCAGGUGGCAGCAGGUGGUGCUGCAGAACCGGCGGGCAGAGCAGCUGGUGUUCCCCCUGAGGCAGGAGAUCCCCACGGUGGUGCCCCUGGAGCAGACGGUGUCGGCAUGGAAGGCCCGGACUCCCCUGGAGCAGGAGAUCUUUGGGCUGCUCCACAGGACUAAGCAGCCCCUCACAGACCCGCUCCUGACGCCGGAGGAGACGGCCUCGCUGCAGGCCAUGAGUCUGGAGGAGGCCCGGCGGCGGCGCGCGGAGCUGCAGAAGGCCCGGGCCCUGCAGUCCUACUAUGAAGCCAAAGCUCGGAGGGAGAAGAGGAUCAAGAGCAAGAAGUACCACCGCGUGCUGAAGAAAAGCAAGAGGCGCAAGGCCCUGAAGGAGUUUGAGCUGCUGCAGAAGUCAGACCCUGAGGCUGCCUUGGCCAAGCUGGAGGAGCUGGAGCAGCUCAGGAUGCAGGAGCGGAUGAGUCUGAAGCACCAAAACAAGGGAAAAUGGGCCCGUUCCAGGGCCAUUAUAGCUAAGUAUGACUUGGAGGCCCGCAAGGCCAUGCAGGAGCAGCUGGCCAGGAACAAGGAGCUGAUGCAGAAGGUGCAGGUGGAGCUGACUGACGAAGAGGCAGGUGACCUUCCCGAGGAGGACCUGGCUCCAGUGACUGUCCCUGCUGUUCCUGGGGGUGCCAGUGGAGCCAACCCCUGGAUGCUGGGACAGCCCAGCCGCCCGGCCCCGGAGCCUGAGGUGCAGGAGGGGCUGGGGGGGGAAGUCAUGGUGCCCGAUGCUGCAGAGAGCGAGGAGGAAGAGGAGAUGUCAGAGGAGGAAGCUCUGCUGCAAGGCUUUGAGCAGAAGCGGCGUGUGCGGCCGCGGUGGGCGAGGAGCCCCAAGGGACCAGGUGCUGAUGAGACAAAGGCAGUUUCUGAGCUGCCAGGGGACAGCCCCGAGUUACCCGUCUCUGCUGAGGAGCCGCUGAGUGCAGUGCUGGAGCAGCCUCCCCAGGCCCAGGAGGAGAUGCUGCUGUCGGAGCAGCUGGGCCAGGUGCGGACAAUGGAGGACGUUGAGGCUCUGGCCUCAGAGGAGAGUGUCAAGGAGCUGGAGGAGCAGGAGAAGCGUGUGGAGGAGCAGGGGAAGCCGGCAGCCAGACGAGCAGAGAAGCGAGUGCAGCAGCAGGAGGCAGGCAGGGCUGGGGACAAGCGUGCCAAGAAACCACCAGCCAAGAAGAAGAUGAUCAGCCUGGAGGAUGUGCUGGCGGGAAAGUCCCAGGAGCUCCAGUGCCCCGUCCUCCCCGUGGUGGUGGAGGAGGAAGAGGAGGGUGGCAUCGACCAAAGAGGGGUGAUCAAAGAGGCCUUUGCCGGGGACGACGUGGUGGCCGAUUUCCGGCGGGAGAAGCGCAAGGCGGAGCAGGAGGGGAAGCCGCAGCCGGUCAACCUGGUGCUGCCGGGCUGGGGCGAGUGGGGAGGGACGGGGCUGAAGCCCAGUGCCAAGAAAGUGAAGCGGUUCCUCCUCAAGCCACCCCCGGCGCCGCCCCGCAAGGACCAGCACCUGCCCCACGUCAUCAUCAGCGAGAAGCGCAACAUCUACGCGGCUGCACACCAGGUCAGCGAGCUGCCCUUCCCCUUCGAGAGGCACCAGCAGUUCGAGCAGAGCAUCCGCACACCCCUGGGCCCCACCUGGAACACACAACGUGCCUUCCAGAAGCUGACUGCCCCCCGUGUCAUCACCCGGGCCGGCCACAUCAUCCAGCCCAUCUCUGCCGAGGACGUUGCCGACAAGGACAACGCAGGGGGGUGGCAGGGACCCUCCAGCUGGCUGGGAGAAGCCCCCAGCGCGGGCUAAGCCUGCACUGGGGGCUCCUCCCAGCCGGCUGGAUCGUCCCCGCCUCCUGUGCAGGAGAGCUCGGUAACUUCUGCCCCUCCCUGGAGGAGGCGGAGAAGCUGGGAGAGGCUCCUGGCAACCUCCCACCACUUCCCCAGCAAUAAACCUCCUGCGCUGCCUUG